CGUUACGCACGCAGCCGUGGCGUUGCCUUGCAAGCCCAAAUAACAUGGAGUCCUCUGCCUGGCAUCUUCCAGGGAUCCGUGCAGCGGACCAGACCUGAGCAGCGACCCAGAGAGAGAGCGAGUUCCCCCGGCGGUCAGAGCCGCAGGAGAGCAUCGUCUCCGGGGAGGAAAAGAAAGCGCCAGGUCCGUUCUGAAAACUAUGGCGAACGGUGCUUAAAGCAGACCGCUUUUCACUGCGACCCGCAAACCAGGCCGAUUUCAAAGAGGCAGCUGCACAAUGUAGGGAGGCUGGUCGCCAGCGGGACUCCAUACUGUUCUCUGGGGGGGGUGGACCAUGGAGCCAGAAGGGCGACCCCUAACCCCAGGGACCAGCAAUGGGCCCCCAGCCUGCAACUCGGCACAAAACCCCGUCACCUCCACCUUCUCAAGCUGCACCUUACAGUCCUCAUGUUCUCUGAACGUUUGGGACGGCCGGAUGUCUGCCAAACGCUCGUGGGGCCACGCCAGAGAUGAGGGCCCCGAGCAGAGUGAAGGCCCCCGGCCCGGUGCAGAGCCAGGGAGGAGCGCACAGAGGAGAGCCAGGUCCUCAGCCUUUCCUUCCUCCCUGAGCUGGGACUCGGACUCUGAGAAAGAAACGCUAGAUGAGGAGGAGCUACAGCACUUUUCUAACCCUCACGGUCUGGCUGCUCACAGCCCAGGAUCUCCUUCUUCUGGACUCAGACUUGAUAGUGAAGAUGACCAAGAACCUGGACAGCAGCACUUGCAUAAGACUAACUCGUCCCCGUCUGUGGUGGGGCACGACGGAAACAACGAGAGCACAAAGACAGAAGAGCCAAAUACAUCUCAGCUUGGCCCGACAGACUUGGCAGACGGCGACACGUGGAAUGUAUCUGAGGGAGCCAAGCUGUUUCUGUCCAAAGUAAAACCAAAGGAAGGUUGCCAAAUAGAGGAGGAGGAGGAGGAGGAGGAGGAGGAGGAGGAGGCUGAUAACAACGAGGGAGAGAAGAGGCCCAAGGGAAAAGAAACCACAGAGCCUGAGAGAGAUGUGUAUACCUUCCCCGGAGACUCCGACCCCGAGAGUCCCCCUCCCGCGCCCUGGGCUCAUUGUACAUUCAUUCAGCGGUGCAGAAAGAAGAGGGUGCUGCUCAGGCCCUUCUCCGGACUCGGCACCUUGAAGCGCACAUCGCCUGGGACUGGCAAGUGGGCAGGAGUUAGUCCUCCGAAAUCCAAAACAACCGGGACGGCGCAGCUGAGUCGAGGUGCAGGGGUUUCUGAGUUUGAAGAAGAACCGAUAAACCUCAGAGAGGGAGGAGGGAAAAGAGACAAUGAAGAAGAAAUGGGGGGAGAGCCAGGCAAUGAAAUCUUCACCUGUGUGGAGUGUAGCAUUUACUUCAAAAAGCAGGUCCACCUGCAGGAGCACAUAGUAGAGCAUUGUCAGAGCAGCACAGGGGGGGGCAGGCGAUUAGGAAAGGGCGCCCGUUUCCGAUGUGUCGAGUGUGGCUGGAACUUGCCGAAUCGGCUCGCGCUUUCAGACCACCACAGACGGCACCAGGAGUCCCGCCUUAAGAUCUUAGGGGAGAUUGAGAAACUGAAUGAAAACGGCAGCGCGAGAGACCUUCAGAAGCUCGACAGCAAGACGGCGAAGCACCGAAGCUCGGACGCGGCGGCUAUUGUGCACGAUGUGAGCGCGGCCUCGAUUCCAGGCAAAAUGUCCGACCCAGAAAUAGUCACGUCUCCACCUCUUUCCCCGGUUUCAACACCAGAUGCAGUCCCAGCAGUUCUUGACGCAACUCCUCCGAAUUCAGUUCACACUCCAGCUCGGGCCCGAGCUGUUUCCGCCGGACGCCGCCGUUUCGUCUGCACCAAGUGUAGCUUCAGCACGAGAACGCCCCAGGCGCUGGCUAAUCACAGCAAGACCCACAACAGGAAAGAACCAGCUCCCCCGGCUGACUCUCCAUCAUGUUUGGCAUCCAGCUCCCUGGCCUGUGGUCAUUGUGCUUUCCUGACCUCGAGCCCAACUGCAAUGAGGGAACACCAAAAGCUUGUUCACCCAGGACAGGCAGCCAUCGGCGGGGCGCAGGCCCAUGAAACUGGCCAGAAUUCGAGGUCUAAUGUUGGGGCGCAGGCCCAUGAAACUGGCCAGAAUUCGAGGUCUAAUGUGGUUGUUCACAUUUCAAAACCCGCUCUAGAGUCUGAACAUUUCUCUGGGCCGGGAUCUGGAUCUUCGCCCGAUGCAACUCGAGGCGAAAGCCAGCCAGAAGCCGCUGCCUCCGAAGACCGCACAGUGCCAGACGGCGCUGUGGUGGUCGUGUCCAAGUGCGCUGGGAACGGGAGACUCUGCAGAAGAGGGAAGACUUGGACGGAUCUGGACAAGUUUCUGGACCAUGGCAAGCUGACCGGGAGUGAAGAGGAAGAGCAGGACGAAGAUCGGAGCACAGAGCGCGACACCGAGUAUACACAACACGACGACAACUUGCCUGUCGGAGGGAAACGGCACACCAGAUCACGAGCCAACACAGACGACUGCUCCGCACAGCACACUGCUGCGUUAUCGCUCCCUCCCGAGAAGAGUGUGAAGGAGGAAGACGAGCUGGACGUGGAGAAAGAUGGGAGUGGUUUCUGUUUGAGGCGGAGCCAACGCGUUAUCGCCGCUCCGGCAGAAAGUGACAGCGAUGACGAGGAACGUGUGCGACGUUUCCUUUCAGAGGGCAUCUUGGACGAAGACCCAGACGAGACUGACGAGGACUCGGAGUCGCUCAGGGGCGUGGAGAGGAAAUGCCCCUACUGCCCCGAUCGAUUUCACAACGGCAUCGGGCUAGCCAAUCACGUGAGAGGCCACCUGAACCGAGUGGGCGUCAGCUACAACGUGCGGCACUUCAUUUCCCCCGAGGAAGUCAAAGCCAUUGAGAAGAAGUUCUCCUAUCAGAAGAAAAAGAAAAAAGUUGCCAACUUUGACCCGGACACGUUCAGCGUGAUGCACUGUGAGUUCUGUAGCGCCGGCUUCGACACCCGGGCCGGCCUGUCCAGCCACGCCCGCGCCCACCUCCGCGACUUUGGCAUCACCAACUGGGACGUUACCAUCUCGCCGAUCCACAUCCUGAGGGAGUUAUUCUCCAGCCGGCCCGAUCUGGUGAUCCCCACGGCCCCCCCUCGGAGCCCCGGCUCAUCGCGGGACGAUGGCGAGGAAGACGAGGAAGACGAGGAGGAAGGGGAGCGAAUCGUCGAGGUAAAGCUAGAGCAGGAGACGAGUGAAAGGACGCUGAGCGCUGCCGCUACUGAUGCCGUUACUUCGGCGUCUCCUCGACACUGCAAGCAGGAGGACGCUGAAGGAGAGAGUAACGGCGGGGAGGAGGAGGAAGAGGAUGAGGAGCAGCUACAGCUUCCAGCUCUGGAUGCUCUGAGCUCGGGGGAAACCGGGCAGCGCAGCGCCAACUCAGACGGCCUCUCUCCUGGAGAGGAUGCCGACUCCAAGGUCCACGACUUGAAGUGCGCGGUGUGUGGAGCUCAGUUUGAGACCAGACGAGGACUGUCCAGCCACGCCCGCUCCCACUUGCGCCAGCUGGGCGUCGGCGUUUCCGAGAGCAGCGGCGCGCCCAUCGACCUCCUCUACAAACUCGCCAAGGAGCGCAGCAGCGCCGACGGCCAGAUCGGCUCGUCUCCUCCGCAGCCUCUUCCAGCCGAGAGCCUCUCGCCACCAGUUCCUCAGAAAGAUGAGGCGCUAGGAGACAUGGACUUAGACGAGAAACCCAUCCCUCUCUCAGUCCUGGCCAAAGCAGCCAAAGCAGUGCCACCACCCUCCUCUUCCUCGCCAACGCCUCCUCUUGGCGCCUCUCCGGCUGGGCCUCCUCAUCCCGGCCCCCCUCCCUCGGUGGUGAGGAAAGCCCCCAUCUCCUCUCUGCUGCCGGUGUCUUCCCUGCUGCGCUCGGUGGAGCACAAGGCCACGGGAAUGAAAGGCUUGAUGUCUAACCUCUCGGCCUCGGCCGCCGUCGCAACCAAACCCAUGUGGGCGCCACAGGAGGAUGACGCUCCGCUCAACCUCACGCUGGAGGUGAACCCCAACAAGGACAUCGUUUGUCAGCUGUGCGGCGCCUGGUUUGAGACUCGGAAAGGCUUAUCCAGCCAUGCACGAGCCCACCUGCGGCACUUCGGCGUGGAGUACUCCGAAUCCAAGGGCUCUCCCAUCGACCUGCUGAACCAGCUCAUCGAUACGGACGUCUUCAAGCACAAAGCCGGCUCGCUGCAGCGCGACAGCCACGGCGCGGAGCCCCGGGGCCUCGGCGGCACCAAGCAGUCGCUGCACGGCCUCUCGUCCUCGCCGUCUCUCCUCUAUAAGGUCACCACAGCCGGGGGAGGCUCCACGUCCAAAGCUACCUCUUCCUCUGCCUCGUCGCUGCUGCUCGGCCCGCCCGCCAAACGCCACAAGUCCUCCUCCAUGAGGGUCUUCCGCCUGAGCAGUGGCGAGCUCAUGGCGCUUCCACACAGCGACCCUCCGAAGGAAAUCGGCUGCGAGUUCUGCGGGGAGUACUUUGAGAACCGUAAAGGCCUGUCCAGCCACGCCCGCUCCCACCUGCGCCAGAUGGGCAUCACCGAGUGGUCUGUGAACGGCUCGCCCAUCGACACCCUGAGAGAGCUCAUCACGAGACGGGGCCUGCCUUGCGCUCUGCCGCUCAAACCUCUCAAAACUCCUCCGAGGUCCUCUCCCGGGCCCCCACGCUCCCCUCUGCCGGCCUCCUCCUCUCCUUCCGCUACCCUCCUAGGUCGCCUACCAUUCGCCUUCGCCCGGCCCAGCAGCCCGGCGCCGUCCGCGGCGUCCAAAUCGAGCUCGGCCACGCCUCCGACGUCUUCCAGCGGGCUGAUCCUCAAGCUGAAGCCCGAGCCGGUGCAGCUGGACGUCACGGCGCCCAGAGCCGUGGCGAGAUCUGCCGGCUUCUCCGGUGAAGCUCUCAGCUGGAGCAGCUCUGACUCGGCGUUCCCCCUCAACCUGGCCAUGUCCCACGAAGUGGAGCCUACGAGAGACAUUCGCUGCGAGUUCUGCGGGGAGUACUUUGAGAACCGUAAAGGCCUGUCCAGCCACGCCCGCUCCCACCUGCGCCAGAUGGGCAUCACCGAGUGGUCUGUGAACGGCUCGCCCAUCGACACCCUGAGGGAGGUUAUGCACAAGAGAGGGGGGGGCGCCUCCUCUAACUCGGACCAGGGGGUGAAGAAAGAGGCGAGCCACGGAGCCAGCAGCCCGCUCUGGGAGAACUCGGAGGGUUUGGGUGUUUCGGGCUACCAGUCGGGCGCCAAAUUCCGAAAAUCUCCGCUCAGUUUGCUUCAGUCGGGGUCGCGGCUCCAUAAGCAGGGCCUGGGCUCCGGGUCUGGCGCUCUGCCCGCAGGGAAGUUUUUUCGGCUGUCCCCGCUGGGGAAAAGGCCUCUGUCUGACGAGGGCCAAUCAGCGGAGAGCAGCGCCCACUCGCCGCCGCAUCAGCCUAAGACUUUCUCACCUCUGCCACACGAUUUCUCCUUCAAAAGGAAACCCUCCCCAGACAAGCACGGACACCAGGAUCCCAGCUGCGAGCUGUGCGGCUUCUACUUUGAGAACCGAAAAGCUCUGGCCAGCCACGCGCGAGCUCACCUGAGGCAGUUUGGUGUGACUGAGUGGUGUGUAAAUGGAUCCCCCAUCGAGACGCUUAGCGCCUGGAUGCGCAGCAGGCCGCAGAAGGUCUUGGAGAUGCAUCGGAGCUACAUGCAGGGCAACCGCUCAACCCUGAAGAAGAAGAGCACUUCUCCUCUCACUGCAUCAGCGGAUUCUGACCAUAUCCUCCCCAUCUCAUCACAGAAGGCCUCCUCUUCCUCCUCCUCCUCUUCCUCCUCCUCCUCCUCCCAGUGGUCUUCUUCUUUGGCUCUGAGCCUGGUGCGGCCGCUGAGCUGCGAGGUCAGCCAGGGCUCGUCCAGGACUGCUGACGGUGAAUCCGGUACCAGCCAGUUCAGGCACGGCAGCAGUAGUCCCAGCCCCUCGCGGCUCGCCGCUGGCCUCCCGCUCCAAGCACAGGUGGCUCGCAGCGAGCUGAACGUCCGCCUACCCAGAGGUUUUGAGCGUCGGCCCUUGAAGCACCCUUCUUGCCCAGAUGGGACAGAGAGCCCUCCUAAGCCCCCCCGCACAGGCACUGUCCCCGCCCUGGUGCCCAAACCACCCUCCUACCCGCUGGUCAAACUGGUGGGCAAGUUCUACACCCUCAAGUGCCGGUUCUGCGAGGUGGAGUUUCACGGCCCGCUGUCGGUGCAGGAGGACUGGAUCAGACACCUCCAGCAGCACAUCCUCAAGAUGAACUACAACAGGCCCGCUGCGCCCAAAGCCGCCUCCGCUGAACCCCCUUCCCCAGCCUCUACCCCAGCCUCCACUUCCACCUCCACCCUGGGCCGCGCCAACGCUCCCAACAGCCGCUCCCAUACACCUCCGGUGGCCGAGCGCGCUCCGCCCGUCACUGCCACAGAGAUUGCAAAGGUCUCAGAGGAGCAGCCCACCUUAUCUCCAACUUCCAUUCCCCUCCCUGCCCAGACAGCGUGAGCUCAGAUUCCUCACUGUCAUUUAACCCCCUUUUUUAGUUUAAUUCCUGCCUUUUUUAUUAUACCUUUUCGUCCGUUUUCUCGUUCCUUUGGCCUUCACAAAGUGUUGAGGAGGAGCGUUUUCCCUCCAAAGAGCCCUCUGAGUCCCACGCACCUUUUCGAAGCAGCUUUCUACACUGUUACUAAGACCCGUUUGCCAUGGGAAAGAAGCUCUCAGGGCUUAGCCACGCACCACAGAUGGGUCAUGAGGUUACGAGGAGAGACGAACCAAUGAUUUUUGUGUUUGCCUUGUUCAUAUUGAAUGUCCAGGUGUUGACGUGGACCGUUGCUGUACCUCUCCUCCCAUUCGCUGGGGGAUUUAGGGUUAAUGUAGCCCUUUUUAUCAAACUUCAACCACCCCUGUCUACCACAUUUCUGCCCCCCUUUUCCCCUUUACUAUCUUACUAGCGUUACUUAGACCAGUCAGACUGAGAUUGAAUGACUUUUAUAAUCAUGUGAGUCUCGUGGUUGAGACUUUCAAACACUUAGUGUUAAAACAGGCACUUUUAACGUUGACUUUGUCACUUAGCACUUACUGAAAGGCUCAUUUUAAAUGGGCGAAAUCUCGACAAUGACUACAGGUCCUUGCACACUGAGUCUGAAAUCUUCGUAUGCCUUUUUUUCGUCACGCACAGAAACCUUGCACACUGACUCCGAUGCGUAUUAAUUAAUACUCUGCGAAAUCUUCCGUAAAAUAAUACAAAAUUUAGUUUUUCAAGCUGUGAGGAUGAUUAUGUUGUCCUAUUUCUUCUUAAAAAGAGAAAGAAAUGGGAAAUAUUGGCUCCAUCCAGUCCUGAGAUUGCGCUGCGGGAUUAUCCCCAUCCUUUCAAAGUUUAUUUUAGGAUAUCUUGAUAACACCCUUGAACUCAUUGAUAUUUGAACUUGGACUUGGCCAUUGGUCUCGCCAAAUAUCCUAGUUGGUCUCGACGGAGUCCAGCAAUAUAGCGUUAUUAUGGAACCCACUGCAGUUCUAGGCAAGACCCGUACUUUAACAGCAUUCGCACGCUACGAUUGGCUAGGCGGCCAAGCUUGCAUGAGGUAAUGGACCUUGAUUUGUUCAGGUGCUAUCCCCUGACCAAUCGGCUAUCCUGACCUUAACUACUCGAGGUCAGUGCCUAAUCGGGCUGCUUCAUAGUGCGGGUCGUGCCUAGAACUGCAGUGGGAUUCAUAAAACACAGCAAUAUAUGCUUUUUUUUCUAAAGUAACUUCCUUCUUUGAAACAAAACCAUUUAUGGAGCGCACUUGUAAAGAAAACAGGCAUUGGUUUAAUUUAAAAUUCACCUAGAACGGGUCUUUAGCAGGAGUCCUUUUUUUCUCUCAUUGGGAUGUCACGAGAACCGAUACUUCGGUACCAACUCGGUACCAAUACUAGAUUUUUGGUAUCGUGACAUCCCUAGUCUCUCAUUUGGACUCGGUCUUGACUUGAUCUCGACUAGUCCUGGUCUUGGACUUGUCUUGGACUCUACAAAGGUGUUCUUGACUAGAGCACUGCUUGAUAAUCGUGCUUUGUGCUUGAUUUUGAAGUGUCAAAACACCUCAAAAUGCUUGCGACAGAUACGAAAAAACAGAGAAAAUUGAAUCCCAAAUGAUCCAAAAUGUUUCUAUGACUGAUGAAAGUUUCGGGGGGCACCUGAUGGACACAACUGUCACGGCAUUGCCACAGCCCUGGGAGAACUUGAUGCUAUCAUCAUUACUCACCUAGGGCUUCCAGGGACAUUAAUUACAUUAAUUUAUCUAACCCUAGCCCAGAUUUUCCGCUGGGCACGUGUGUGCUGCGUUCCGGCUGCAUCGUGGUUUUGUUCCACGUGCCAUACCACACCGGGAGCUUCAGAUGCGGAACGUUUUUAGCUAAUAUAUAUGCCUUCUAGCCUAGAAAUGUAGACACACCCUAGAGGCAGCAAAUGUAAUUUGCAGCCAGGGUCGUCUAGCAACGGCUUGGCUUGCAAGCUGGAAAAACUCUGGUCAGGCCAAUCACAUCGUGUAUAGAGUCAGUGG